AUGGAUUUCAUUAAAGAAGCCAUUUGUGAUAAUAACGAUGAAGUGUAUAAAUACCUUCUCGGCUGGAUUGCAUCAAUGAUUCAACAUCCUGGAAUCAAGAAUGAAACAGCAAUUAUUUUGAAAGGACUUCAGGGAACAGGUAAAAACAGAUUUACAGACAUUAUUUCUGAACUCCUCGCUGGUUAUUCAUGUAAAAACAUUACCGAAAUAGGUGAGCUAACGGGUAAUUUCAACUCAGUAGUUGAGAAUAAAAUGUUUCUUGUACUUAAUGAACUCAAGAAUGUAGGUGAAGACAGACUCGCAAACUUCAACGCUUUGAAAUCAAUUAUUACGGAUAAUGAGAUUAGAAUUAAUGAAAAGAAUCAACCCAGAAGAACAGCUCAGAACGUUGCAAACUUCAUUUUCGUAACUAACAACGUCUACCCUGUCAAAAUUGAAGUUGGAGACAGAAGAUACGUAGUUUUAAGAGUUAAUGGUAAAUUCAAGGGUCAAUUUGAUUACUUCAAGAAUUUAAUGGAUUCAUGCACUAAGGAAUUUUAUGAUAACCUUUUAACAUAUUUUAUGCAAUAUGACCUUUCAUCAUUUAAUGUACGAAUCAUACCGAUGACUGAAGCCAAACAAGAUUUAAUUGAAUUAUCAACAAAUCCUUUAGAUGAAUGG